AUGGAGGUCCUGCAGCUGCUACGCCUGCUCCUCACCACCACCAUGCUGGGCCUCUCCCAGACGGUGAACCCCUUCAUGGCCCAGCAGACCCCCCCAGACCCUUGCUAUGAUGAGAGCGGCGCUCCUCGCCGCUGCAUCCCUGAAUUCGUCAACGCUGCCUUUGGGAAGGAGGUUCAAGCCUCCAGCACGUGUGGUAAGCCCCCGACACGGCACUGCAAUGCCUCGGACCCCCGCCGAGCCCACCCACCCGCCUACCUGACUGACCUCAACACCGCCUCCAACAUGACAUGUUGGCGCUCAGAGACCCUCCACCACUCACCCCAGAAUGUCACCCUCACCCUCUCCCUUGGCAAGAAGUUCGAGGUGGUCUACGUCAGCCUCCAGUUCUGUUCACCCCGGCCUGAGUCCACUGCCAUCCUCAAGUCCAUGGACUAUGGCAAGACCUGGGUGCCAUACCAGUACUACUCCUCCCAGUGCCGUAAGAUCUAUGGCAAGCCCAGCAAAGCCACUGUCACCAAGCAGAACGAGCAGGAGGCCCUCUGCACCGAUGGCCUCACUGACCUCUACCCCCUCACUGGCGGGCUCAUUGCAUUCAGCACCCUUGACGGGCGACCCUCUGCCCAGGACUUCGACAGCAGCCCCGUGCUGCAGGACUGGGUGACAGCCACCGACAUCCGUGUGGUCUUCAGUCGCCCACAUCUCUUCCGCGACCUGGGCGGUCGGGAUGCUGGUGAGGAGGAGGGGGGCACCAGCUCGACCCCCUAUUACUACGCAGUUGGGGAGCUGCAGGUCGGCGGGCGCUGCAAGUGCAAUGGGCACGCAGCACGCUGCGUGAAGGACAAGGAGCAGAAGCUGGUGUGCGACUGCAAGCACAACACAGAGGGUCCUGAGUGUGACCGCUGCAAGCCCUUCCACUAUGACCGGCCCUGGCAGCGGGCCAGUGCCCGUGAGGCCAACGAAUGUCUGGCCUGCAACUGCAACCUGCACGCCCGGCGCUGCCGCUUCAACAUGGAGCUGUACAAGCUCUCGGGCAGGAAGAGUGGUGGUGUCUGCCUCAACUGCCGGCACAACACCGCGGGGCGGCACUGCCACUACUGCAAAGAGGGCUUCUACCGGGACCUCAGCAAGUCCAUCACAGACCGCAAGGCCUGCAAAGCCUGUGACUGCCACCCUGUUGGUGCGGCUGGCAAGACCUGCAACCAGACGACGGGGCAGUGCCCAUGCAAGGACGGUGUGACUGGCCUCACCUGCAACCGCUGUGCCAAGGGCUACCAGCAGAGCCGCUCGCCUGUGGCCCCCUGCAUCAAGAUCCCUGCUAUCAACCCCACCUCCCUGGUCACCAGCACGGAGGCACCUGCAGACUGUGACUCCUACUGCAAGCCAGCCAAAGGCAACUACAAGAUUAACAUGAAGAAGUACUGCAAGAAGGACUAUGUGGUCCAGGUGAACAUCCUGGAAAUGGAGACAGUGGCCAACUGGGCCAAGUUCACCAUCAACAUCCUCUCUGUCUACAAGUGCCGUGAUGAGCGGGUCAAGCGUGGUGACAACUUCUUGUGGAUCCACCUGAAAGACCUGUCCUGCAAGUGCCCGAAGAUCCAGAUCAGCAAGAAGUACUUGGUCAUGGGGAUCAGUGAAAACUCCACUGACCGGCCAGGACUGAUGGCCGACAAGAAUAGUCUUGUCAUCCAGUGGCGGGAUGCCUGGACACGUCGCCUUCGGAAACUGCAGCGGCGGGAGAAGAAGGGGAAAUGUGUGAAGCCCUGA